UCGAGCCAACGGCAAAUUGCCACAGUCGCGCCAGUGCCCAGUCCCAAGAAGCAACCAUGGCGCUCAUCACGACGUACGUCUCGAUGUGGACGGCCGCGCUGCUCGACUACUCGGCGCAGUGGUUCCCCGCGCCGGCGGUGCCAGCGCCGCCAGCCCCGCUGCCAAACGCGUCGAUGGCGCUCGACAUGCUGUGCAUGUGUCGGUCGUUUGCGACGCCCCAGUCGCACCUCGCUGACCAACUGAACCAAACGCAGUGCGCAGGCCUGGGCUUUGCCAACCGGUGGACGGUCGAUACCAACAUGUCGCACCUCUCGCCGUUGGCACCGCCCGUCUUUGUCGACGGCCACGAGCUCAUACUCGGUGGCACGCUGCGCGCGAUGGUCUUUACGAGCUCCGAGACGGAUGAAAUGGUGCUUGCGUUUCGGCACCAAGAAGGCGACGGGCUACUGGACAGCGAGCUCUGGGAAGCCAUGGGCCUCUUUGGGCGCAACUUUGUGCAGCUGAGCGCGCCCUCGAUGCUGACGUACGGCUCGCUGCUCGACUAUGCGAGCCGGUACAUCCAGUACCUCAUCUUUGGCACACGCCACCUGCUCGGCGCCGACUUUGUACCGCUAGCGAUUGCGUUUACAACCGAGAUGCGCCGCACGUACCCGCACCACUCGCUGCACUUUACUGGCUACUCACUCGGCGGCGCGAUUGCGCAGCUGGCGGCGAUUCGCUUUGACAUGCAUGCCACGACGUUUGCUGCGAAUGGCAUCUUGGACCUUCUCCACUUGUACCAAUUACAGCCCUCGGGCUCGGUGCGCACGCUGGUCAACUAUGCCCACGCCAACGAUUUCGUCCCGAAAAUGGACUGCCAGAUUGGCACGCUCGUGCUCGAUCCCACGACCGGUGGCUCGGACGACCCGGACGCGACGCACAAGGCAUUUGUGUACGGGCCCACAGCUUGGAACAUGCUGCAUUCGCCGCUCACAGCAACGCCGGGCCGGCUCUACAGCCAAGACCACGGGUACUGCAUUGACAAUGCUUUUGCCCAUGCACCUGGCGCGGCGUCGGUCCUCGACGGCACCUUGCAGCGUCUCACGGCGCAUCUCGUGUCGACGAUGCUGGUUGCCUGCGUUGCCUGGUGGGUCGUGCGCCGCAUGUAAGCCACAACACAAUGCAAGUUUUGCUCAUGUAUGUAAAAAGAAAAGACAUUAUUGGUACCACA